UCUCUCUCUCUCUCUCGAUCUGCUUUUGCCUAUAAAAUCCAAUGGUGGUCUGAAGAGACCCGGCACCGAGAGACCUCAGGGAGGAGGAAGAGAGAGUAGUAUGGCUUCAAGACCAGGCCUCUUCACCGAGUGGCCAUGGCAGAGGCUGGGCAACUUCAAGUACCUGGUGUUGGCUCCUUGGAGUUUGCAUAGCCUGUACUUGGCGCUGAGCAAGGAGAGGAAGGAACUGGACCUGACAUACCUCAUCAUACUCCCGUCUUUGCUGUUGAGGAUGCUCCACAACCAAGUCUGGAUCAGUUUAGCUCGCUUCCAGAACGCACGCAGCAAGAACCGGAUCGUUGACAAGAGCAUCGAGUUUGAGCAGGUCGACAGGGAGAGAAACUGGGACGAUCAAAUCAUCUUCAAUGGGAUACUGUUCUAUCUGGGUUAUUUCUACAUUCCGGGAGCAACCAACCUUCCAGUUUGGAGGACAGAUGGAGCACUGCUCAUGGCUUUGCUGCAUAUGGGGCCUGUGGAGUUCCUCUACUACUGGUUUCACAGGGCACUACACCAUCAUUUCCUCUAUUCUCGAUAUCACUCCCACCAUCAUGCUUCAGUUGUUACCGAGCCUAUCACAUCUGUCAUUCAUCCGUUCGCAGAGCAUGUGGUGUAUUUCUUGCUCUUUUCUAUUCCAAUGGUGACAACAAUCGUAACCAGAAGAGCUUCCAUUUUGGCAUUGCUGGGCUAUGUUGCAUAUAUUGACCUGAUGAACAACAUGGGUCACUGCAACUUUGAGUUGGUCCCAAAGUGGCUAUUCACAGUCUUCCCGCCUCUGAAAUAUCUUAUGUACACACCCUCGUUUCACUCUCUUCAUCACACUCAAUUUCGAACAAACUAUUCUCUGUUCAUGCCAUUCUAUGACUACAUAUACAGCACAAUGGACAAGUCAUCAGAUGAUCUAUAUAAGAGAUCGCUGAAAGGAAAGGAGGAAGUACCUGAUGUAGUUCAUCUUACACAUCUUACCACUUUGCAAUCAAUUUACCAUUUAAGAAUUGGCUUCGCUUCAUUAGCAUCCAAGCCAUACAACUCCAAGAUGCCUAUCUUGCUAAUGUGGCCAGUGGCAUGGACCUCAAUGUUAUUAACAUGGAUAUACAGCUCCUCCUUCACUGUCGAGAGGAAUGGUUUCAAGAAAAUCAAGAUGCAAACAUGGGCAAUACCGAGAUUCAAAUUCCAAUAUGGCCUACCAAAUGAAAGAGAUGCAAUCAAUGAUCUAAUUGAAAAGGCAAUUUUAGAGGCUGAGGACAAAGGAGUCAAAGUUCUCACUUUAGAACUCCUAAAUCAGGCAAAUGAACUCAAUGGAAAUGGUGAGCUCUAUCUUCAUAAAUACCAAAACUUGAGGUUAAGAAUUGUGGACGGUAGCAGCUUAGCAGCUGCAGUGGUUCUUAACAGUAUUCCUCCGGAAACAAAAAAAGUCGCCCUCUGUGGAAAUCUCUCAAAGGUAGCCUAUAGAGUAGCUUCUGUGUUGUGCCAACGUUGUGUUGAGGUAAUGAUGACACGGAAACGUGAAUAUUACAUGCUCAAAUCGCAAAUACCAGAAAGCAUAGCAGGUUAUCUAUUACUUUCAAACAACCAUAACACUCAGGUUUGGCUAGUAGGAGAUGGCUUGGAAGAUGUAGAACAAAGAAGUGCACCAAAAGGUACAUUAUUUGUCCCCUAUUCAUCAUUCCCACCGAAGAAGGUCCGUAAGGAUUGCACAUAUUGCACCACUCCAGCAAUGAAGAUACCAGACACAGUGGAGAACAUGCACUCUUGUGAGAAUUGGCUACCGAGAAGGGUCAUGAGUGCAUCUCGUGUUGCUGGUAUAGUGCAUGCGCUAGAAGGGUGGGAUUCACAUGAAUGUGGAGAUAAAACUCAGGAUAUUGACAAAAUGUGGUCCACUGCACUCCGUCAUGGUUUUCUCCCCUUGUUUGGAAUUUCACCAGAUUUAUCCAACUAAACAGAACUUAGGAUGUACCUGGCAAGGUACAUAAUGUGGAACUCUUAAUGUCACAUACCCUUUCAGAUGGGCAGAAGCUUCCUUUCUUCAUUAAGUUCAAUAAAUUAUGCAUUACCACUUGACAAUA